AUGGGUAAGAAGCAGACCGUUUCCGACUAUGUCAACAACCUCGACGCCAACAGUAUGACGGGAAACUGGGUGCCCGUUGGGCAGUGGCGGGAUGUACACGGCGACUGCAAGUCUAGUACGCGUGGAAAAUGGACGAUGAAAACCAUGCAGACGUCCUCGGGAGAAUACAAGGUCAAGAUUCUAGAGAGAGGGAGUGAGAUUUGGGGGAAGACAUACGCUGCCGAGCCGUCGUUUUCUGACCUCGUUUCUGAUGCCCAGAGUGCUCUUGGCUAG